UCCAAUAUAACCCAACCAGUUAAUUUAUUUUUAAAGCUAUUUCACGUGAGCGAUCGAUAAUUCCUAAUUUUUGAAAAAGACCAGGAACUUGAAAAAAAAUAUGGAUAUGUACCUAUUUAAUCUCAUAUCAGCAAGUUGUACUUAGUUCGCGAACCAAGUUCAUCAUUUUUCGGUAAAAUGCGAUUGUUAAAAUACAUCGUUUUGUCAAUAUUUUCGGUGUGUUUGAAAGCUGAUUUCGUAAUAUCUACGGAUACGUUAGAUUGGUGGCAGACGUCGGUAAUUUAUCAGAUUUGUCCACGAUCAUUCAAGGAUAGCAAUUCUGAUGGUAUUGGAGAUCUGAAAGGGAUCGAGGAAAAGGCAGAUUAUCUCAAAGAUUUAGGUAUUGGUACAGUAUGGUUAACUCCGAUAUAUAAAUCACCAAUGGCGGAUAUGGGAUACGACAUUUCGGAUUUCAAAUCGAUAGAUCCCAUUUUUGGAACAAUGGCUGAUUUUGAAUCAUUACGAGAUAAAUUACAUUCUCUUGGUAUGAAAUUGGUUCUGGAUUUUGUACCAAAUCACAGCAGUGAUGAGCACGAAUGGUUCAUUAAAUCUGUGCAGAGAAUUGACCCCUAUACAGAUUAUUACGUUUGGGGAGAUCCAAAAGGUUGGAUUAAUGAAACCACACCAUUACCUCCAAAUAAUUGGGUAGGUCCAUUUGAACAAUCUUUAUGGUCAUAUCAUCCAAUAAGAAAGCAAUUUUUUUUACAUCAGUUCGCACGUAAACAGCCAGACUUGAAUUAUCGUUAUGAUAAAUUAGUUGAAGAAAUGAUGAAUGUAAUCCGUUUUUGGCUGGACAAAGGAGUAGAUGGAUUUAGAAUGGAUGCUGUAAUUCAUCUCGUGGAAGACUAUAGAUUUUUGGACGAACCAAUCGUCACAAAUCUCUUAUUCAGUGGAAAACCCGCUUAUGUAGCUUUUGACCACAAAUAUACACAAUGUCUUCCUGAAACUUACGAAAUGUUUCACCAGUUUCGAGAGUUGGCCGAUUCUUAUAAGGAAAAAGAUGGACAAACGAGAGUUAUCAUGCUGGAAAUCGGUACCAUGCCUACGAUAGAAAACACAAUGAGAUUUUAUGGAAACAAAUCGUAUCCAAUAUCUCAUAUUCCGUUUAAUUUCCUUCUGAUGGAUUUUCUAAAUGACACCUCUACUGCUCAAGACUUUCACUAUUACAUAAAUCAAUGGAUGGAUAACAUGCCAGAAGGACAAUGGCCCAACUGGAUGUUAGGAAAUCACGACAGGAUCAGAAUUGCUGACCGGUAUGUCCCUAGUAGUGUGGACUCUAUGAAUACACUUUUGUUAUUAUUGCCUGGAACGCCUGUUUCUUAUAAUGGAGAGGAAAUUGGAAUGGAUGAUGUGAAACUGAGUUGGAACCAAAUAACCGAUGUAUAUGCUCAGGUUGUGGAUCCGCUUAUGUACAUGGCCAGGAGCAGGGAUCCGGAAAGGACUCCUUUUCAAUGGGAUUCCUCGAGACAUGCAGGAUUUUCCAACACGAGUGGAAAAACUUGGUUACCAGUGAAUCCAGAUUACUACAGAAUUAAUGUCGAAGCACAAAAAAAUGAUCCAAAAAGUCAUUUGAACAUUUAUAAAAAUUUAAUUAAAUUACGAUCGAAGAACGUUUUUCGUCUAGGUGAUUUCAAAUUGUACAACGUUUCAGAAAAAAUUCUCGCAUUCAAGAGAAGUCUACAGAAUGAAAUAUUCAUAAUAAUGAUAAAUCUCAGUAAUGAAGAGGAGGUCAUUGAUUUCAAAAAUACCAUAACAGAUGUCCCCAAUACGAAUUUUAAUAUUGCCUUGGUUAGUCAAAAUUCCGAAUUCGAAGUUGGCAAUGAACUAAAUACAAGAGACAAAUUCAGGAUGAUACCAAAAUCGUGCAUCGUUCUUGAAGCAAUUUUUUAAACGUUCCACUAUUAAAUCGAUAAUGAGGCCUGGAAUAUUAGAUCCCAACUGAUUUUAUUUAGUUC